AUGGUAUCUCUGAUGUCACCAGAAUUACACUCGGUGUAUCUUUUGUAUGGUUGUGCCUUAGGCAUGGGUAUCAAUGCUUUGAUUGGUUCGCUUGCCAUGCACCACUUUGACUACAGAGGUGAAGUGUGGGGACUUCGAUUUAGCAGCGCCCUCAAAGGAUUAGUUUACCUCAAGGUAAGGAUAUGACAGUCAUUCCCGCCCUUCCCAUCUUCUAAGGAAAAAAGCCCUGGGAACGAGGUUGGAUUUUUUCCCUACAACGACCUCCACAAGAAUAAACCUUUCCUUUAAUUUGAAUACUUCAGCAGCGACCUUAGCCGCAAGAAACCAAACUUUAUUCAGUCACCUCCUAAUGAUACGUAUAAACAGAACAUAAAAUCCUUUAUGUACGUAUAUAACUAUAGAUGUCUAAACUGAAAAUUUCUUAUUAUCCACUUCCCUAAGGUCUCUUUAGAGUUAUUAAUCACAUUUCUUUGGGGGACUUUUCGCCAGUCUACUAACGAUCAAUGAAGUAGUAAGUUAUGAAUACCCCCCCCCCCCAAAUAUGAAUCUGAAUCUGACAUCGACAACGGCACCCACCAGGGAUUCCGUCCCCGGAUAUAUGUUACUAAAACGGAGAACUGGGAGACUGGAACUAGCACGGGGAACAGGAAAAUGAAAAAAUGGAAACAAAGUAGAGAGCUGCAAAUGAACUUAGUGAUAGGGCUGAAGUUCCAGUUAGGUUUUUUUCUCAUCCUUCAUUUUUGCCGUUUCGCGUGCUCGUUCCCCCCUCCCUGUUCCUUGUUUAUUCACAUCCCUCUGUCCCCUGCUAUUAAAGAAGAGUGUGAAGGUUUUUAGCGCCUGGGGGAGAGCCCUAUCUUAUUUGGCCUUGGCAGGUACGUGCCGCUAAAGAGAGUUAGUGUUUUAAAGAGGGUGUCGUUUCUGGCCCCGAAGCUUUUAAAAGAGGGGGAAUUGGGUUGGCGAUGAGCGGUCUAUAUUUGUGGCACCGACAACAAAAAUCUAAUUCUAUGAUCGCAGUUUUUAAACCUAAUUCUGUACGCGAAAUGAGCCAGUGUCAUUUUAUGAGCUCUCUUGUCUUAAACAGGAAGCGAAAAACGAUUUUUGUGCAAAAAGGGUCAUUGUUUGAAGUCCUCGGCGACACUGGUACCCAAAACUCCCUUGAGCGCCGCCCCAGGCUUUUACAUUCCACAAAAUCUUUUUUAUGAGCAAAGGUGGUGAGGAACCUAUCGUUUAUGGCUUAACCGAGAAGACUGGUAACUCGAACCGUUUGCAGAUAACAAAGGCAGCACUUUCUCCUCAGGCAUUUUAAAGCCCCGAGCGUUGAUCCGGCUGAGUUGUGAACAUGCGGCCUCCCUGUUCAGCGGACUUCUAUUCUUUUUCAUUGGAAUUUUAAGACAAAUGUUUCACGCGCAGGGCUCCUGUCACGCGUCAGUGUUUAAUUGCUAAUCUUUUCGAUCUUUUAUAACAAUCAGCUAACGUCUGGUAGUUUAUUUCUUUUUCAGACACUCGUUCUCACGAAGAGUGCCUUGCUAAAGUUUUCAACUGGGCACGUAAUCGAUCUGAUAUCAAACGAUGUGCAACGAUUAGAAGAGGAGGCUUUUAAGUUACUAUUCUCAAGAGUUUUUACAUUUUUCGAGGUCGCCGUAGUCACAUUCUGGUUGGUGUACUUCAUCGGCUGGCAGUCAUUAAUGGGUGUUAUUUUCCUGGCUUGUCUUUCUCCAUAUUACGCUCUGCUGUCCGCUGCUGGCUCUGAGUUACGCCUGCGCACAGCCGGGAUUUCUGACAAGCGGCUCUCGUGGAUGAACCAGGUAGUUUCUGGGAUUCGCGCCAUUAAAACAAAUGCAUGGGAGAAGGAAUACCGAGAUAGCAUUAAAAGUACACGAAGGUAGGAAAAAAACAAUAAACCUUUUAGCUUGCAAGUUUUGUUUUCCCAAUUCAGACCACGUAAUGUUCUUGAGGAAAUUUACCUUGUCUUUUCAUAAAUCAUGUACAAAUAUGCACGGUCAUCUGCUACACAAAAGUACGUGGCUUUUGUACUAAAAGACAACGCCCUUAAGAAACAAUGAGUUCCUCCUCAGACCUUUCUAUGUUACGCAAAAUCUAUGUAUAUAACAUAAAGAAUGAAGUAGCUUGAGAACUGACAGCAAACAUUUCGUGCGCGAUGCCACCACUGGUUUUCCCGCGAAAUGAAGUCUGAGGAACGCGGCGGAGCGCAGAAAUUCCAUACUGAUGACGUGUAACUAGUCAGAUCUGGGUUGUGUCUGAUUGGUUGAAGCAAAAUUUCCCACACGGAGCGACCAAUCAGAAAAACUAUCCAGAUCUGGGGUCAAUUUCAUAAAACUAGUACAAGUGUAAUUUACAAGUGUGGCUAUUGUUCUCAUUCUCUAAAACAAUAGCCACACUUGUAAAUUAUGCAUCAGUCAAUUCCACCUGCGCCUAGUCCCCCCGCCCCCCCCGGGCUACUGCGGGGCAUUUGCCCGCCUUGUCAGUCCCGGGGGUGGGGCAUUUGCAAAUUUUGCACUGCCCGGGGGCCGGGCAUUUGCCAACCCCCGGGCCAUUCCCGAGCUUUUGACGCGCACGCGGUUUCCUAUCAGAAUGUAACCACACAGAAGGUUUUACUGGAAAAAAAGCAGAUUGGCUCAUCCGUCAAGGACAGGAAUAAAUUGUAGAGGGUUGUAAAGGCAUGUUCUCGAUUUUACAUGUAUGUAUGCAUUUCUUCAUUGCUUAUCAAGCCAGAAUUACAGAGGGAAAUUGGAGCUAUCGAUGUGAAUCAACGUUUUUUGGUUAUUGAAUCUAAUUUCUGUUGAUAUUAUUUGAAGAACACCCUUUCAUAUUUAUAAAUCUAUUCAUAACAGAUAACUUUACAGCGCUCUAUUAAUUUUAAUGUCAAUAACUUUAUAUCAAUACUAAAACCAUAAACUGGUGCAUGUCGUCGCGGCCUGAAAUCUUAAUUAGAAUCCUAGCGCUAUUACAAAGGAAGACGUUAAUUGAAACAAAAAAAUCGCACUUUAAAAUGGCACUAUUGGACUAUGCGAUCAAUAAAACAUGUUGCACUGUUGAGGGAGGACGGGGCAUUUGCCCUCUUUUUUCUUCCCCACCCCGGGGGAAUUGCCAGCUCAAGGGUCCCCACCCCCGGGAAUUUGCCAUCCGAGGCAAAAAAAAUGCUAAUUCCCGGGGGUCAGCCCGGGGGGGGCCUGGGCGCAGGUGGAAUUGACUGAUGCAUUACACUUGUAAACGUUUUAUUAAACUGGCUCCAGGAUAGCAAAAAGUCAUCAGUGGAGAAUUUAUGCGCUCAUUUCCAAGACGUUAUUUCGCGUGAAAACAACUAGUGGCAUCGCGAAGUGUCAGUAGUUUUCUCAGGCUAAGCAUGGAGCGCAUCUUUUAAAAAUCAAUAUUUUAUUUUCAGCCGUGAAAUAAGUAUUAUCCGAAAGAAGAGCAUCAUUUUGACAAGCCUUGCUGCCUUGGACAUGGCUUCAGUGCCAAUGGCUGCACUUGUGUCUGUUAUUGCAAUGGUAUUAACUGGGAAACAUCUGACACCAGUCAAUGUUUUCAUGCUUAUCUCUUUCAUCUAUGUAUCAAGAGUCACCUGUUCAAUUUUACUGGCCAGUGGUUUGCAAGACACAUAUGACGCGUAUGUUUCACUUAACAGAAUAGAAUAUUUUCUUCUGUUACAAGACCCACCUACGGGCACCGCUCCAGCUCUUCAGUUCGCGGAUCCCAUAAGAAACAUGGAGGGGUCCGCAGCGAUGUUGAAGAGUUCUUUAUGGCAGCAUAAGGAAGAAAUGAGAGAAAACGAAGAAGAUGGCAUUGAUGAACAUAAAAAUCGUGACACGAUGGAUACUUUGAUUGUGUCAAGAUUAAGUUAUGAACAGUCAAAGCGAAAAGAUGAAUUUAUUCUACAAGAUAUCGAAUUUAAGGCAGCUUCAGGGAGCUUAACAGUCAUUACCGGGCCAGUAGGUAGCGGAAAGUCUACCCUUCUCUCAGCAAUCGCUGGCGAGGUACCAGACAAACAGGGGAACGUAAUCUGCAGAGGGACUCUUGUUUACGCACCUCAGAUAGCUUGGGUAUUCUCGGGAACAAUUAGAGAAAACGUUUUGUUUGGCGAACCAUACAAUGAAUCCAAGUACAAAAGAGUCAUUGAAGCUUGUGCGCUGAGAGAAGACAUUCAUCAGUUUCCCGAUUGUGAUGAAACAAUGGUUGGAGAACGCGGUGAAUUGUUGAGUGGGGGUCAGCGGGCCCGAGUAAGCUUGGCACGCGCAGUCUAUGCUGAUGUGGACCUUUACUUGUUCGAUGACCCCUUAAGCGCUGUAGAUGUCAAGGUUGGUCAACAUAUUUUUGAAAAAUGCUUCAAAGACCUGCUGUGUCAAAAAACCCGUGUGAUUGCUUCCCACCAAGAGCAGCUUAUGGAAGAGGCUGAUAAUAUAAUUGUGUUGUAUAAAGGCCGUGUUUUGGGUGAAGGAAGCUUUAAUGAGCUAAAAGAAAGAGGAAUUCUGAAUGAAACUAUUGAUCCACUCUAUACCAUGAAAGCAAGCAGUGGCAAGUCAGAUCACCACCUUGAUGAAUGUAAUAAUGAGGACGAUGGUGCAUGGGACAAACCUUUCCCACCCCAGGUCAAAAACGAGGCAAAGGGUCUACAGAUAUCGGAAGAAGAUCGCAUGAUCGGAGUCGUGUCAUCCAAGCUUUACUGGAAUUACUUCAGAAGCGGGUUGAAUUCACUGGCGAUAAUUUCAUUAUUCCUACUUCUUCUCAUCUCUCAAGGUAAGCGACAGUUUUACAGGUUUAGAGAACGGAUUGUAUCAACGAAAAGCCCCGACACGUCAUAUAUUUUCAUCAAUAUAAUGGUGAGUUAAGUACAAACCUGCUGGAAACUACGCUCUCCUGGAGAGACGACUGGAAGAGAGACCUGCGCUACUAAGUUGCAAUAUACGCUUUCGCGAGAGCACUGUACGCAUGCGUACAUUAUCACCCCUUACAUUAUCCGCUGACGCCCCCUAAGAAUAUCCAGUUUGCAUAACCGAGUCUUUCAAACGCACCUUGUAAGCUGCCUUUCAUCCGCCCCGAUUCUCUUAAAAAAUAUCAAUAACAAUAACAGUAACUAUAAUAACAAUAACGAUAAUGAUAAUAAUAAAAUACUGAUAGUAAUAGUAGUAAUAACAAUGACAAUGAUAAUAAUAAGGAAGAAGAAGGAAAUUAAAAAGAAUUUUCCCUAGGAGGAAUCAUUCGAAAUCAUGGAAGAGAAAUGAUGAUGGGAAAACGCACAAUCAGGCGUCAGGUUAACUGAUCAAUAUGAAAGUCAGUUAUAAAGUGAAAAGUCCAUCCACUGAAAUCACACAAACUCUUACGUAGCGCCGAGAUAAUUGUUGUUUUACUUCUCAAACCCUUUUGCUUUUCUAACUUGACGUUGUCGUCGCCGUCGCCGUCGCCGUCGCCGUCGCCGUCGCAGUUGUUUUAAAACGUGUUUUGGUCUCACUCUUUUCACAGCAUUGCUAGUUUCUCCUGACGUAUGGCUGUCUAUUUUGACGCAGAAAAGUCCAGACGAUCAGCGUAACAAGACAAAUAUAACCAUUUACGGUUGUCUGGUCACCGCAGCCUUCAUAUUUGCCAUCAUCCGAGCGCAGGUAUUCCACCUGGCUUCAUUGAGAUGCUCAGAACGUCUCCACGACAAAAUGGUUGUGGCUGCUCUACAAGCCCCGGUGCUCUUCUUUGACUCCAAUCCCGUGGGGAGAAUCAUGAAUCGUUUCUCUAGAGAUAUAGGUUGUUUGGACGAAUUACUGCCUAAAACGUUUCUGCUCUCCAUUCAGUAUGCUUUGAUGAUGUCGACAGCAAUUCUUGUGCCAGCUGCCACGAAUCCUUGGCUUCUACUGGUUUUCGUACCCACCACUUUCCUAGCUGUCUAUAUUACCAGCUACUACUUGAAGACAUCUAGGGAACUGAAAAGACUGGAAUCCAUUUGUCGCAGUCCGGUUUUAUCUCACGUUUCAGAGACCCUGAAUGGACUGGACACGAUUCGGACAAGGAAAAGACAAGAUGACUUUUUGGAUCGGUUUCAUGGGUGUGUUGAAAUCUUUUUUUUAUUUUUUUCAUUUUUGCAUGAUAUAUAGACAAACACCUCGGGAAAACGGACACCUACAGAGUUGGUCCAUGCCGCUCUUUACUCCUUUGGUUUGUGACUCUCUAAAAGACGGGCAUCACUCCGAGACAGACACUUGAUCCUGUUCCCAACGAUGUCCGUCUUAGAGAGAGUCACGGCUAUCCCAGAAAAUAUAACUUCUUUCUACUCUCAGGCGCGAUUACUCUAACAGUUUUAAGUUUAUGUUGCGUUUUUUGAGUUCAUAAUGAGACACGUUAAAUUGAACCAAAAUCCUUUUUUGACCGACAAGAAACUCUCAGCAGAUUAUUCUUCAAGUUACUAUGGCAUAUACACACUCAGUGAUAUUGGCUGUUUUGAGCAAUCUGACUGGUUUACUAGAAAAAUUGAGCAUCAUUCACUACCUAGCGAGUGGAAAAUGCAUGAUCUUCAAAACAGAAACAAAAUGAAUUGAAUGAAAGAAGAUCAGAAAUAAGUUAAGGAGCUUUUAACCGUUUUAUGAUGACGUUAAGAUAAAUAAGUGUGUUCUACUUUUCAAGGCAUUGCAAGGCGAAUCGCACAUGUAUAUCAAUGAUCUCUCCCGUACAAGCCUGAAAAUUUUUUUCAGGCUUUCUUUUCGCAACUGCAAAAGUUGCGUAUACAGCUAUUUUGAGAAAGGUUGUUGGAAAAAGUGUGCACGCAACAAUCCCGAAAGGUAAUAUGGGAUAUGAUCGAUACACUGUUGCUGGCGACUGUAGCUGUCGAACCUACUUUUGUUGCUUUCCUUUAGCACUCGCAAACACAUUUCCAUGGCCUUUCGUGCCAAUUCUUUCUGAAGAACAGUGAACUUAAAAACCACCCACAAUGCCUUUCGGGAUUGUCGCGUGCACUUUUUCCGACAACCUUUCUCGAAAAAGCUGUAUAACUACUAUGAUCAUCCUUCAUUCAAUUCUUCACUCCGCAUUUCAAGUAUAUGAUUUUCAUAUAUUCAAAACUUGAUCUCUUAACUGUUACUAACAAAUCAAUGCACGUUAGAGAGAUGAAACAUGGCCAAUAUAAUUCGUAUGCCCAACGUUUCGACACAUCACCAAAGCGGUAAGGUCUUUUAGUGUCAGUAGCAUACGGUUGUGGAACAGUCUGCCUGAUGAUAUUAAAAGGAAAAACAGUCUUUCAUCUUUUAAGAAUGCUUUGAUAGCUUAUUUUAGAGAUUCUUAUAUUGAUAUUGAUAAUUUUGAAGCCUUAUUGUAAAUAUAUCUUUGUAUUGUUAGGUUAGUUAAUUUAGUUGAAGGCCAAUGGCUUAUCAGCUUCUGCUGUUAUGUGAUAACUUAUUUUAAUGAUUCUUAUAUUGAUAUUACCAAUUUUUAAGCACUAUUGUAAAUAUAUAUCUGUAAUUUUUAGGCUAGUUAGUUUAGUUGGAGGGUCACUGGUUUAUCAGCUUCUGCUGUUAUGUGUUUACCCUUAUUUUAAAAUAAAGUUGAUAGUUAUUAGACUUUAACAUGAAUAAAAACAACAGGCCAACCAACCUCUGAUGAGGAAGUAAUUUUGCGAAAUAAUUUCCCUACCGUCGGCUAGAAACGGGCAAAUUAGAAAUCAUGUUGCAUUCUCAUGAAGAAAACAAGAAUUUCUUUGGGAAUAUAAUAAAAUUUCUUUCGUUUUACUUCCUCAGGUAUCAAGAUGUAUACAGUCAGGUAUAUAUUAUGGUGAAGGCGAGUGCUCGGUGGCUUGGUGUUCAUAUGGAUCUUCUCUCUGCUAUAUUAAUUGGCACAGUGGCAGUAGCUGCCGCUCUGGUUUCUCAAGAUGCUGGUACGUGAACCAAUAUCCAGUCAUAAGAUUGUUUCAACAUUGUGAAAGAGAACUUUAAGUUAAAUACACUUUUUCGCGUUCUUAUAUACAGUGGAAUCUCGAUUUUUCGAACCACCUUUGGAAUAGCGUUGAAAUUGGUGUGAUUGGGCCUUGUCCGGUCCACAUAAAAUCAAUUUGAGCCUUGCUCCGCUACUCCCUUGAAUACCGAAAAACCCAAACUUAAGAGAAAUGAAAGGUUUUUCUCUUUUGGCUCAUCACAAAGCUGAAUUUUGCAAAACGGAAACAAAAUCGAAAUUAUUUUUAACCAAAUUGAACCAUUUUCAACAAUCACAAGGCCAAGUAAACAAGAACAAAACAAAUGUUUCUCUUCCCGCCCACUUCAUUUUUUGGGUCCGCCUCUCUUUUUUAUUAUUUGUUAUUGGAAAAGUUGGAACACACAAAAACCAAUAGCGGCGGUAUGCCAAAAGAGGAGAUACAAGCCAAAGAAAAAAACCAAGAAACUUUCAGACAGGCUAAAUGAUAAAGCCAAGCAUUCAUUACACACUGCGUCCUAUUCACGUUUUUAAUGCAACCUACAUAACGAGAUAUAAGGUACGACACAUCAAGUUGUUGUUUAAAACUUGUACCCUAGAAACCAAAUUUGUGUUUUAGCAAUAUCUGACGUUUCAUUCAAUCCCGACAUUAAUAUUUGUCCGAAGAACUCCAUCUUAUCCCUGGGAGAAGGCAAUAAUAAUUUGUAAAGAAAGCAUUAAAUUUAAAAGUAAAUAAAAGUCAGAAAUAACAAAAAAGAUCCCGCCUGCUCUCUUUUUCGAAGAAAGCCGGACGAGAAACAGUUGCCGUUUUUUUUUUUGCUUGGCCUAACAAGAACAAAAACUACUAUUAAUAGUAGCAGUAUUUAGUACGGUUUUUAAUACCAAAAGCGGUAGGACGCAAAAUUAAUAAGGUCGGCUGUAACAAAAACUGAUAAACACGUUAAAUAUUCUUUUUCUUUUCCAAUUAGCAUUUGCUGGUCUAGCCCUUGUUUACGUUAUUCAAAGUUCAGUUGUCACACAAUACGCCGUCAGGAAAGCCUCAGAAGUCGAGAAUUUAAUGACAUCAGUUGAACGAGUUAUCACGUAUACCAAACUUGAGUCUGAGCCUGGAUACAAAGUGAAACGACUUCCCCCGGAAAAUUGGCCAAGUGAAGGAAAUAUCACAUUCCAUGACGUAUCACUGACGUAUUAUCCGGGGGGUCCUCAAGUACUGAAGAAAAUCAACCUCACAAUCAAAGGAGGAGAAAAGAUUGGUAUCGCUGGUCGAACGGGCGCAGGAAAAUCUUCAUUUGUCGCUUCUCUAAUGCGCAUGCCCGAAGCCGAUGGAGGGAUAACGGUCGAUGAAGUUCGAAUAAAGGACAUAAACCUCUGCGAAACACGACGCUCAAUAUCAAUUCUAGGCCAAAGUCCUGUUCUUUUUAGUGGAUCACUCAGAAAAAACCUCGAUCUUAUGGAGCAGUUUCAAGACGCAGAAUUGUGGUGCGCUCUCGAAGAUGUACAGCUGAAAGAUUUAGUGGAAAGCCUAGAGGGGCAGCUAAAUCAUGAGUUAUUGGAGUACGGAGGAAAUGUCAGUGUAGGAGAACGCCAACUGAUCUGUUUGGCUCGAUUGUUGCUACAGCAAAACAAGAUCAUUAUUUUGGAUGAGCCGACUGCACAUGUUGAUCCAGACACAGAACAAACCAUCUGGAAGGUAGUUCAUGAGAAGCUGAAGGACUCCACAAUCAUCACUAUAGCUCAUCGUUUAAACACGAUAAGAGACUGUGACAAGAUACUGGUAUUAAAGGACGGACAAGUUAAGGAAUUUGACGGGUUUGAUAGGUUAUUGAAUACAAAAGGAAGCGUCCUGCGAGAAAUGGUUGAAAAGUUAGGAGUGUGA